AUGGUACGGGAGCAGAAAGGCAAGGGACCAGAAAGGAGCAGAAAGGGAAGGGAGCAGAAAGGUAAGAGAGCAGAAGUGAACACAAAGGUAAGAGCAGAAGGGAGCAGAAAGGUACAAGAGCAGAAGGAAACAAAAAAGGUAAGGGAGCAGAAAGGUAAGAGAGCGGAAGGGAGCAGAAAGGUAAAGUAGCAGAAGGGAGCAGAAAGGUAAGGGUGCAGAAAAAUAAGAUAGUAGAAUGGAACAGCAAGGUAAGGGAGAAAAAGGGGAAGGUAGCAGAAAGUUAAGAGAGCAGAAAGGUAAGAUUAAUGUAGUUGUUUUGGCGAGUAUAAUCAUUUUAUGCAAACACUGCUUUUUCAGAAAAAAAGGAGAUUGGAGGAGGAAGAACAACUUGGAAGACAAGUGAAGUGCUACCUCCACUUCAGCCUGAAGCAAGAAGAGAGCAAGAAGGGAGAAAGAAAAGAGCAAAAAAUGAGAAGCGAGCAAAAAGGAGCAGAAAUGAGCAGAAGGGAGCAAAACAGAACAGAAAGAGCAACAGAGAGCAAAAAGAUGAGAAUGGAGCAGAAAUAAGCAAAAGAGAGCAGAAGGAGCAGAAAGUAAAGGAGAAAAAUGGAGCAGAAGGUAAAGGAGUAAGCUAA